GAUAUUUACAGAACAAAAGAAUAUUGCACAGAGAGCGUGUAUCGAUGGAUGUUGUGUUGGUGAUAUGUGUGUUGUGGUGAUGAAUUGGAGAAAAUGUCCAAAUCAGGACCUCUCCAUGUGGAGGAAAUUGGGGAAAAAAUAACAAAACCUCCCGAACCUUCAAACAUGGGUGUAAAUAUAAGUAGCCACGGUGCAAGAAUAUUCCGAAUUUUGCUGUCAGUGGCAAUGCGCUGUUGGGCAUUGGCAGGUGCAGCAAUAUUAGCAUGUCUGUUGCUGUAUUGGGCCUACGGAGGUUUGCUUGCGUUCAUGCUGCUAUGUUUUGCGACAACAGGUAUAUUGUAUCACACGGAAGAUAAUUUAUUAUUUCAUCCGGAACUACCAGCGCAUUCUCGUGUUUUUGUACCAGUUCCUUCUAUGUUUGGUUUACCGUAUGAAAAUUUAUUUAUACGGAGUGGGGACGGUACACUUCUGCAUAUGUAUUUCGUGCGCCAGCCAGGUGAAGUAGCAUUAAAGGCUCCAACUAUACUUUUUCUUCACGGAAACGCUGGAAACAUGGGUCAUAGGUUGCAAAACAUUGUAGGUUUGUAUCAGAACUUGCAGUGCAACAUAUUGAUGUUGGAAUACAGAGGGUAUGGGCUUUCCCAUGGGUCCCCUAGUGAAGAAGGCUUAUAUACAGAUGCUAGAGCAGCCCUUAACUUCCUGUCAUCACGCUGUGACAUUAACCACAAAGAGAUCAUUGUAUUUGGACGAUCGUUGGGAGGUGCUGUUGCAAUUGAUGUUGCCUCCAGCCCUGAUUAUUCUGCAAAAAUAUGGUGCCUAAUUGUAGAGAAUACAUUUACAAGUAUUCCAGAUAUGGCAAAAGUACUUAUCGGCUGGAGAAUUUUGCAAUAUUUACCUCUGUGCUUUUACAAGAAUAAGUUUGUUUCAACCAAUAAGAUUGGUUGUGUCCCAAUCCCAACACUUUUUCUGUCGGGCUUGGCUGAUAGAUUGGUUCCACCACAAAUGAUGACUGACCUGCAUCAACGUUGUGGUAGUCACCACAAACAGUUAAUACAAUUUGCAAAUGGUAGCCACAAUGAAACAUGGACUAACUCUGGUUAUUACCAUGCAAUUGCAACAUUUUUGAGGGAUGUUCGUGUUCGCCACUCAUCUCCACCUGUUGCAGUUCCUUGUGAUAUUGGCAUGAAGACUGUGUGAUUACUUACAGUGCCCUUAUCACACUACUUUUAUUUAUUUAUUUUUUAUUUAUUUGUUUUGUGAUUUCAUUCAUUUGUGGCUUUUUUGCAUUAGAGACAGGAGUAAAGAACCACAUUUAUUUGUCACAAAUAUUUUACUAGAGCCUAAGUAAAGUGAAAACAAGCCUUAUAGCUGUGUUAGUACAUCACAAAGACUAGUUGCAGUGAUUCAAGGUUGUGAAUGUGGUUUGCCAUGAUUCAUAGUUCUGCAAGAUUCUGUCCAUUUAAACAGUUGAAGUGACAAAUAUAACCCGUCCUACAAUCAAACUUUAAAAUUUGAUAAUGUCAAUUAGUGUGUUAAUAACAUUUUUGAGAACUAGAAGUAGCACUUCCAGUGUACUUUUUGACAUUUUGUGCAGCAUUAGCAGGAACUCAAGUACUGUGCAUUAGUGACUUGAAAACAGCUUGUUGUGUAAUUAAGUACUUUGUAUUCAGAACAAGUUACAUAUCAGCUGAAUGAGACUAGACUUUGUAUAAAAUGCAAACAAGGUAUUGAACAGUGCACUGACAAUACUUCUAUAAUUCCGACGUGCCUCAUAAAAUUCUGCAUCAGGUAGUCACAGAACAGAAAUGCUCCAAUUUGUAUAAUUAAGUUCAUACAUUUUGUAUUUUUAAAUAUGUAUUUUGUUUUUUAUAUACAUUGCAGACUUAUUAAAACAUGAUUAAACAACUCGUUAAGAUUGAAUGAUAGUAUAAAUUUGUGCAUUUGAAAAUGAUGUGAUGCAUUGCCCUACAACUCACCUGUACCGGAAAGUUGAAAAUCCUUUGAUGAAAAAAGGACUAGCCCAUUUUUAUAUCUGAGGUCUGAUUCAAUCAUCUUGACACACAUAUUUUGUUUCUCUUUUCAAAAUCUGAGAUAGGGAUCGUCAGGGUAUUAUUGCUCAUAUACGUAAUUUAGUAACAACAAAAUUCAAAACUUUAAGUGAUGUGAAUUUCUUUGGACAUUAUACAGGAAAUAUAAACAUUGAAAUAUGAAUUUCGCAGCUUAUAUUGUGUCAGCAGUAAUUGCACAUACUGAAACAGUUUUUUGUGUCAUAUACUAGUCAGCAGUACUUUAUAUGGUGUCACCUGAUACUGAUACUUUAUCUUGUACACUUUCCAGUCACAUUAACAUGCCCACCUGUUGAAAGCCUGAAUGUAACUACAUUUUGCAGCACGGACCACAGAAAGACUGUCAGUGACAUUCUGGAAGGUACUGACAGAGAUGUGGAGCGUUGCUGACUCCAGUGCCACGGCCAGCUGGCUUGUUCUCUCAGUUGAGGAUCCAAGGCACGAACAGUCCAAUCAAGGUGGCCCCACAGAUUCUUGAUUGUGUUUAAAUCCUAGGAGUUUUGUGGCUAGGGGCAUACAGUAAAUUAAUCCUGGUGCUCUUUGAACCACGCACACUCACUGCAAACAGUGUGACAUGUUGCAUUGCCUUGCUGGUAGGUGCCAUGGUGCUGAGGAGAAACAAAUUGCAUGUAGGGAUGGACAUGGUCCCCAAAGAUAGAUGCAUACUUAUGUUGAUCCAUGGUACCUUUCAGAAUGAAGAGAUCAUCCUUCCGACAAUUGUUGCAGGGUGUUUGCUUUCAGAUGUUUCGUGCCAUACGUGCAAUGGACAUCUGGUUGAUGUAGCAUAAAAUGUAAAUCAUCUGAAAAAGCCACCUAUUGCCACUCAGUGGGUGUCUAGUUGCAGUAUUUGUGUGCAAAUUCCAGAUUUCAUCGCCAGUGAACAGCAGUCAAGUACCUGCUGCAGAGACCCAUAAGCAGCAACAUCCGCUGAAUAGUUGUAGAGGAGCCCCUUAGUUCAUCUGGGGGUCUGCUGCUCGACAAUAGCAUGUCUUUUUACCUAUAGACAUCUCCACAGCUGUUGUUCGCCGUUGUCAUUUAUGACAAAGGCUGCGUUGGUUUCAGUGUCCCCCAACAUGCUUUAUAUACCCUCCACUGCUACUGCUGCCACCUGCUUUCUGUGAGUGGUUGUUGUACAUUGAUAUCGAACAUGGAUGUUGGUCACAUUAAUGUGACUGACUGAGUAUAAUGAGGACCUUUAGCAUUGUGAUUCAUUUUCUUUCUGCCAUUAUAGUUAAUGUGUUAUGAGGCAUUAUAGAACAUUUAGAUAUGAAUGCUGAAGUAGAGUCCAUGUAAGUACAGGUCCAGUGUAAUUUGUGUAUGUAGAUCUGUUAUUCACCUCACUAAAAUUGCUGGCAAAUGUCUUAAUCACCAAACACCUGAACAUUGCUACAUAGUAGCCAACUACUGAGUCAAAAGUAUGGACUUCUCUUGUGUAUAAGUAGUAUUAAUUAUCUAAUUCUGAUAUUCUUGAUCAGUAUAGCUGUAGUGCUAAUGCUACAUUUUCUUUUCAAGUGACCAGAUUUUUCAGGUAGAUAGAAAAUGAUUGUUGUGGAAAUGUAUGAUCUUAAUUAAUUUUCUGUAUUCACUAAUGUAGAAUAUGUAUCCCAAUGGCGUGCUAGCAACUUGUGAGGUAUUUGCAGCAUUAUUGUACUUACGAAAAUGUUUUACUAAGUACCCUUCUUUAAGAUACAACAGUUUUCAUUUUUGCAAACAAAUUUCAACUACCUCAGCUCAUAAUUCAUAUUUCUACCACCAUAAAUGUAGAGUCUCACUUAAUUAACUGUAUUCAUACUAUGUGGAAUUUACGACAACAGUCUGUCUGUAGAAGAGUUUUUACCGUGCAUUGUUAUGCUUGGAGUGCCUCUCAAGU